AUGGAAGAAACGCUUGCCAUAAAGGAACAGGCUUGGAAGCCAUUAAGGGCCGGUAAGCCGCCCGUGUUGACCCGUUCAUGGAAAUCGGCCGCAGAUGGGUUUGGAGAGAACGAAAGACCAACCAUUGCAACCCUUUUAAGUGAGGCUACUAGUGAGGUUUCAAUGGUGGUGGUGGUCAAUGACGACCAACAACAAUUGGGUUUCGAGUUAAUGUUUCAAGUGAGUUUGUUGGAGAAGAUGAUGGAUGAGGGUCGACUGGUUGGCAUGCUUGUAUGGAUAAGGAGAAAUUUUUGGCCAAAAAUGAACGAGGCUAGUUUGGCUUGCUUGUGUGGAGGAAAAGGUUUGGCUUGUAUAGAGGAGGAGCUGGUCCGAUCAAAUAGAGGAGGUGGUUGCAUGCUUGUGUGGAGGAAGAGUGUUCGGUCAAGUGAAGGAGGUGGUCGGUGCACUUAUGUAAAGGAUGAGUGUUUGGUCAAAUGGAGGAGGAGGAGGGUCGGUAAAAAAAUGAAGAGGGUGGCUGCAAUUUUAUGUUUUUAA